GACGACCCAGGCAGUCCAGCCCAAGGCAAGCGGGGCAAGAAGUCGGCCGGCGCGGGCAGCGGGGCCGGAGGGGGCGGGGGCAGCAGCAGCGGCGGCGGCAGCCCCCAGUCCUACGAGGAGCUGCAGACCCAGCGGGUCAUGGCCAACGUGCGCGAGCGGCAGCGCACUCAGUCGCUUAAUGAGGCGUUCGCAGCGCUGCGCAAAAUCAUCCCUACGCUGCCCUCGGACAAGCUGAGCAAGAUCCAGACUCUCAAGCUGGCCGCCAGGUACAUCGACUUCCUCUACCAGGUCCUGCAGAGCGACGAGCUCGACUCGAAGAUGGCCAGUUGCAGCUACGUGGCCCACGAGCGACUCAGCUACGCCUUCUCCGUGUGGCGCAUGGAGGGCGCCUGGUCCAUGUCGGCGUCCCACUAGCGGCAGCGGCCGCCACUCGGCUCGGGCAGGCCGUGAGACCCAGAUGGCAUUGCUUCCAGAGAAGGAGAAAAUGGACAGUCUAGAGAUUCUGGAGCGGGAUAAUUACAAAAUAGUGAUAAGAAUUACAGAACGCCAAGGAUUGUCUUGAAAAUUGCAAGAACUAUUCUCAAAUCCAAAGGAUCCAGGCAUGGGGAGCCAUUAAGAGACCAGGGGCUUUUGGACACGGCCUCCCAGCUGGGCAGCGGGCAAACCGUCCUCACACCUCUACAUUCUGAUAGAAGUCUGAAAGGUUGUUGUCGUUUUUUUUUUUUUUUAAUUUGACGAAGAAUGUUUUUUUUUUUAAUUUUUAUUUUUCCAUGCAUGCAUUCUCAAGAGGUUGUGCCUGCCAGCCACAGAAAGGAAAGGUACUCGUUGUGAAUGGGCUCCAUUUUAAAAUGGUAACAAUCAGAGGAAAUGAAAAGAAAAUCUUUAGAAAUUAAAGGGGGGAAAAUAGGCAAAAACAAAACAAAACUCUGGGCUCAAACUGUUUUACACACACCUAGCCCAGAUACUUCUCUUCUUUCUUUAAAACUUAUUCCUCUGAGGAA